AUGGGUGACAGCGAUCAGUAUGAGAUUCUCGAGAAAAUCGGCCAUGGCUCUUUUGGGAUCAUCAGAAAGGUCAAGCGAAAAACGGAUGGCUACGUCCUCUGCCGAAAAGAGAUCAGCUACACACGCAUGUCCCAGAAGGAGCGAGAACAGCUUCAUGCAGAGUUUUCCAUUUUGAGUUCUCUUCGUCAUCCGAACAUCGUCGCCUACUAUCACCGGGAGCAUCUCAAAUCCAGUCAAGACCUUCAUCUGUACAUGGAAUACUGCGGCAAUGGCGAUCUGGGCAGAGUCAUCAAGACGCUCAAAGCAAAUAACCAAUUUGCGGAGGAACCCUUCGUCUGGAGUAUCUUUACGCAGCUUGUCACGGCUCUCUACCGAUGCCACUAUGGCAUUGAUCCCCCCGAGGUUGCAAAGAACGUCCUUGGUCCGAGUAGCUCAAAACCCACCGCAUUGAAAAGCAAAGCAGGGCAAAUCAUGAUCCUCCAUCGAGAUCUCAAGCCAGAGAAUGUCUUUCUCGGCGAAAACAACUCGGUCAAACUCGGCGAUUUUGGUCUCUCCAAAAUCCUUGCUUCGCAUGAUUUCGCAUCCACGUAUGUUGGCACCCCGUUCUACAUGUCGCCCGAGAUAUGUGCAGCAGAGCGAUACACACUCCACUCCGACUUAUGGUCACUUGGAUGCAUCAUUUAUGAACUUUGUGCUCGAGAACCUCCGUUCAACGCCAAGACACAUUUUGACUUGGUUCAAAAAAUCAAAAUCGGCAAGAUCGAGUCAUUGCCACCAAUCUAUUCCAAGGAACUUCAAUCAGUCAUCCGCGACUGCCUUCAAGUUAAUCCCUUGCGACGGCCCGACACGUGGCAGCUGCUCGAUCUACCCAUGGUCAAAAUCAUUCGAAAGGAAAGAGAAAUUGUCGAUCUUGGGAAGAUACUUAAGACAAAGGAAGAGAGCGCUGGACAGAAGUUGAAAGAGGCGGAAGACAGGGUUGCGCGAUUGCAACAAGAUCAAGACCAGUUCAAGGCUGACAUCGAAGCGAGCCUCCGCCGGGAAUGGGAGGUUCGAGCGAGGCUCGAAAUCGACCGACAAGUUCAGUUGGAACUGGAGAGACUGCGUAAAGCCUUUGGUCAGGAAGUUUCCGAACGAGUUGAAUCAGAGCUCUCCGCACGGUUGCAGGCCAUGACGCAGACCAGCAACGACGCAACAAAUACAGCAGCUGAAGUCCUUCCCGAGUCCAUUCCGCAGUCCUCUGUUAGCACAAAUAGCGACGUUGAUUUCCCAUCCAUGACUGAUCUCAGCGAAUUAUCUCUGGAGUCACCAAAUGCAUCUAAGUCGGACGCAAAUAAGAAGAGCAACUCCAGAACUCCCUUCUCACGGUCGCGAACCAUGUUUGUCGGAUCGCCUGCCGAUGUGGCAAUGGCUGAUCCGUCUCCGAUCUCCAUCGCAUCUUUGUCACUAUCCCCCCGCCGAACAACUGGCAAUGGCAAGGGCCGGAAUAUUUUUGCUGCAGCUGCAGAGAAGAAAUGGGAACCAAUGACAUAUUCUGACGACGAGGAUGAUGAUGAUGAAGACGACGAAGUUCCAGCACUUAAUUCUCCAGUUGCGCACAAAUCCCAGGGACGAAACGAUCCAUUCAAAGUUCCUUCCUCGGGUGCUUCCCGACCAGCGAUGCUCCGCCAGAAGACCGCCCCAAUGCGAAAUAUCGGUGCGCCUCAGCCCAGCCUGUUUGCCAAGACGCUUUCCGAUUCGCCCUCUCGUCAAUCUGUGUACGGCGGAGAGAAAUCUAUCCCAUUGUCACCUAGUCGCCGUCAGACCAAGAUCUCUGCGCCCACUGGAGCCGGCCGUGUCAAUGGUUCUGGAUCACCUAUCAGCCAUCGAGUCCAGCAGGGCAAACUCAAAAGCGGAAUUCCCAGCGCUGUGGGCAGCAAACCGUCUGGUCAUGGCGGCGAGGAGAUGCGCAAAGCUGCCAUGCAUCGCAACAUGGGCGGAAGGACGCUCGUCGAACUUGCUCAGGCAAGAGCUGGCGGUAGAAGCGCAGAGGAGGCCAUUGCAAAUGGCGAAAAGAAGGCGAAUCGACCCACGACGCUGUCCGGCCCUGGCCUAGAUGUCAAAUACGCAACGAAAAUGGCGGAUAAAGACAAAGAAGUUGCUGUCUGGGACCCUGAGAGGGACGAUAUGCCCAGCCCAUUUCUGAAACGAGGAGUAAGGCAAUCAGCUUUUGGCGCUGCAGCCCUUCGAAAAGCUUAG